AUGAAACUAUUGAAGUUUCCAUAUCUUGUCCAGCAGAAAAUAAUUGAUUUGAUCGAGUUUCAAAAUAUUCUAGUUCUAUCAUUCUGCUCAAAACGAACUAAAGUUUUAAUUCAAUCCCUACAAAGACAUCGAUGGAAAGAUUUGAAAUUUGUGAAAUAUUCUUUCGAUGAAAAAGACAAAAUCUGUGUUAUUGUGAGAUUAGAAAAUAUUGACGAGUGCAUUUUCUUAUCACCAACUACACUGAAAGAGACGAUAAUUACUUCGAUGGAUGUGUUUGGAAUGGGACCGGAGAUUCCUAUCUGUUUGCAUCCGAGAUAUUUCGGAAACCAAUAUCUCUACGACAGAAAGCAGAAGCAACUAGUUGCCCAAGGAAUUCAUGAUUUUCUCUAUGAAUUUUUCCGAUCGUCGAUUGAUUAUGAGGUUAAAUCUGAACAUAAACUGCCACCAAGUUUGAAAAACAUCAAUAGAACUUGCAUCAAAGUACCUAAAAACACAACUGCCGAAGAGUUGGAAACUUGUUUCACCGCUUCUCCGAACCAGGAAUACAUUGAAAUCGACGGACAUUUCAAUGGAAUUCUCAGUACGAACUCUGUGAUUUAUGGAGCAGAACACUUGAGAAUUUAUUUCAAAGGAGAUCAUGGAGACGAGAUAUUAUUUCGCUUUAAAGGUAACCGACUUCAAUUUCAUGCAACGAAAUUUCAUGAUUCUACCAUCUCUCAAUUUCUCAAAGAGUGGAAGUCAAAUCAAGGAUUUCAAAAUCUGAAAUCUCUAUCAAUAUGUUCUUAUGAGUGGAAAACCUACAACGGUGCAGAACUUUUGAAAGAUAUAGAUAUUAGACAGUUUGAUCGACCAGAAAAUAUUCUUCAAAUCACUUGGCGAAUGAGCAUCUCAUAUCCCUCUCUUAUGAUGUUCCUAUUUCCUCCUCCGAAGUCGUUUCCAUCAGAAUUAAGUUCUCGUGACUACUUGAUAAGAGACGGUGAUGGAGAAAAGGCAUCUGUAUUGAUAGAAAAUCAUAAUAAAGAGUUGGAUAAGUAUGAGAAAAGUGUGGAGGAACAUGUCAAGAAAGUCAGUCAGCAGUUGGAUGAGGAACUCGCGAAUAUUAACAAAAAAUACAAGGAAAAAGUAGAACUUAUGAAGAAAAUGGAAAUGGAAAACAGGAAAAUGGCCGAGGAAAACGAACGGAUGAGGCAGAAAAUGGAAGUUAAGAAGAAGAUCAUUGGAGCACACGCACGCAGAGUUGGCGGAGCAGUUGGAGAUGUCUGCAUACGCACUUUGACGGCUUCCAUUGGUGCCAAGAAGAUGUCGGCGAAGAAUUCAGCAGAAGCAGAGGCAGCGAGAUAG